AUGUACAACCAUCUAAUCGAGGAUAUAAACAGAACAGCAACUGCUGCUGUUAGAACACCAGCCGUAUUUGAUUCAUCAUUCGAAAUGGAUACUGGAGUGAGACGAGGCAGCGACGACGGUGAAGCUCAUUAUGAUACGUUUAAUCGCUAUAUGUUUUGGCAAGGCAUGAUCAGAGGCACGCUUGGAAAUCUACGGAAGCCUCUUUACUGCCCGUCAGAAUGA